CACCGCCGGAAGUGGCGCGCGGAGGUCACCGGCGGAGGACGGAGUGGUCCGGUCUGGGGGUGCGCCGUGAGGGGUGCGCCGUGCGAGGGUCCCCGCGGAGAUGGGCCGCGAGUUCGGGAACCUGAGCCGGGUGCGGCACGUGAUCUCCUACAGCCUCUCGCCCUUCGAGCAGCGCGCCUUCCCCCACUACUUCAGCAAGGGCAUCCCCAACGUGCUGCGCCGCAUGAAGGACAGCAUCCUGCGGGUGGUCCCCCCAUUCGUAGCGACUUAUCUUGUCUACACAUGGGGGAACCAGGAGUUUGAGAGGUCCAAGAGGAAGAACCCAGCUACCUAUGAAAACGACAAAUGAAUAGCUCACCGGAAUGAAGGUUUCCUGCCUCUGGAAGGCCCCUCUCUGGGAGAGGAGUCUGUAUUGUAGUGUCUUGAAGAUACAAUAAACUUAUGCUAUAUACA